ACCCCCCGAGACAACUGGAAUUACUUUGCUUUCAGUUUACAAUUCAAUACAUUGAUUACAAAUUGCGCGGUAAUUUAUAAUUGGAUAACACGAAUUUUCCCGGAAUAUCGCAAUCGAAGUUAAUGAUAAGCCUCUGUAGCUAUCGUAGCUGGCAGCAGUGGCAGCAGUGACAUUCGCUGAUAUUCAACAUGUCCAGUUUUUAGCAGGUGGUGUUAGAUUCCCCUUUUUUUGAGAUAAACUUGCCGACUCAGAUCUUUGGAAAACGUGUGAGAAUAUCACGGGUCUUUCUCUCAAGUACCCACAGCUUCCGAAGUGCAUUUAAGCAUCGCCCACACAGCCAAUUAGAGAACAAGAGAUUGAAUUGCAAGGUGCUAUGGAGAGAGCAGACAGCUUCUACGCGGUAGCGUUGCUCGUUGCGGCAAUGUGUGCUUUGUGGAUCAUCAAAAAGCUCUACAAAGAUACAUUUUUGACUGAUUUUCGUGAGAAGUAUGUUUUGGUCACCGGUUGCGAUUCAGGAUUCGGAAGGGAAACUGCAUUACGACUCGACAGCCUGGGAUUCAAUGUAUUUGCGACGUGUCUAACGAGCGAAGGGAAAGAAAACCUAACCGCGGCGUGCAGCAAAAGGCUAUCCGCUUUGCACUUGGAUGUUACAGACUCGGAAGAAAUCAAGAAGACAUACAAGUUUGUGGCGCAGUAUUUACCUGAAAAUAGAGGUUUGUGGGGUCUGAUAAAUAACGCUGGCAUCGCUAAAGUUGGACCGAUUGAGUGGCAGACUAUUGAAGAGUUUAAACAAAUCGCAGAUGUGAACCUUUGGGGACUGAUUGACGUCACCAAGGUGUUCUUACCGCUGGUCAAAAAGGAGCGAGGACGCAUCAUAAACCUCGCUAGUAUUGGAGGUAGAACGUGCUUACCUCACGCAUCAGCAUAUUCCAUUUCCAAGUUUGGUGUAGAGGCAUUUUCGGAUGCUCUCCGUCGUGAACUGGGUCCGACUGGUGUCAAGGUCAGCAUUGUGGAACCAGGCUUUUUUCAGACAAAAAUCACCAAUCCCGACAACCUCAAGGGUCAGUGGCAGGACCUCUGGACCAACCUGAGCCAUAGUUUAAAAGAGGAGUACGGAGAGAAGUUCUACGAAACUAGCGUUAAGAACAUGCUAACAGGAAUGGUAGACACAUGUGCCUCACCCCACCUGUACAAAGUAGUCGACGCCAUUGUUCACUCACUGACGUCAAGAUAUCCCAAGACCAGGUACAUGGUUGGCUGGGAUGCUAAGCUCCUCUGGAUUUGGGUCUCUAGGCUUCCAGCAGGUGUUGGAGACGCCAUAUUGAAUUUUUUGGGUGACAAAGCUGAACCUAUCGUUUGCACAGGAGCAGUAACACGGCCGUGCAAAAGUUUAGGGAAACUAAACGGGAACAAUAAUUCAGAAAAAGCUUUUGCUCUCAGGAAGUGAGAUGAUGUGGGAAGUGUUUUCUUUGAGUUUGAUUAUCAUCUGUGAAUGGCUAUUCUGCAUUCGAUUGGUUUUUAUCUUUUUUAACCUCGCCCCUCUCUUCGAAGUCGUUGAGAGCGCGAUGUUUGCGCGGCAAAGCAACGCCAUCGGGUUUUACAUAUUUUACCUGUUUAGCUAAUAGUGAAGAGGGAAGAAAUGGCUUUAGUAUUUUUAAUUCAUUACUUUUGGGAAGUUAACAAUUUAAAAAGAGGAAAAAUUGAAUAAUCACAUGUCCUAUUUAUAACUCAAUUUGAAUAACGUGUGUUAUUUACGACUUUAAACAGCAGAAUUUUGACUUUACAAAAACGUGCGUUCCCUAAGGUGAUCACGAUGUUUGACACGUACAUUUCUUAAUCACGUCUCGUAUCGUAACGCAUUUUUUUCUACCACCAACGAUCACCUAUCGCUGUAAGUUGUUCAGUAGCCCAAACGACAUUCAAAGCCGGAUUUACACUAGAGGGGUUUCCAUGAAAAUGAAAAAUUAUGACGAGUUUUUCACUAACAAGUACUCCAGUUCAAAAACUGACAUGCUUGUUCAGUUCUCGAAAAUAAGGGGCUAACUUGUUGAGGACGAAACUUGUUGAAGUAAAUAACAAUCCUCUUAGCGAGAUCCUAUCGAGCAACUGCUACUGAAAUGAAGGAUCCUAGCAACUGCUUGGCCGUGAAAGGUCAGGGUUCUAAACUAGUAAAUAACCUGACAAUGACAGUUGUCAAGGAGACCAUGAGUUCUGCUUUUCCGAAAGGUUUUGCUUGAUAAGUGUCUUUGAGGAGGUUUCAGUUAGGCUUAAGAGGGAACCUUUACCUUCACCAAGGGAAACUUCGAAGUGUGUCAGCGGCUAAACCCAUUUAAUAUCAAGAUCACCAACUCAAUUCUCUUCAGCAUUUACUACAUACUUCGUAAGAUUUUGGCUUCGAGAAUUUGCUUUUAAACCUAUUAAUAUCUCUAGGUUAAAUAUUUUUUUGUACUCGUCACAACGCCAUGCUAUUGUAAAGGGAAAUCACAUAGUCAGUAAAAAGCUUGUAUCUUAGUGAAAAUCGUUCUGGCAUAGUAUUACUACCUUUUGUAGAAGUAAAUCUAAUCUUUUAUUGUUAGAGUGUAACCUUCCAUGGAAGAAUGUUUGUAAUCCAGAAUUGGAUGAAUUUUACAUUUGUACUUCGUAUACCUCAGUUUUAAACACUGUAUAUUUUAUAUAAAGAGCACAGUUGAGAUUAAAUUUA